CACAUGUUGACAAUGGGCGCUCCUUACCCUCACCAGCACUACCCCCAGCCUCACUCUGCCCAUCCACAAUCAGCACGCUAUGCAGGCGGUCUACCUACCCCAACCUCCUCUGCACCCGCUCACCACGGUUACUCCGACCAUGGCUCACGUACGGCUACCCUACCUCCUCCACGUCCCUCGGGUCAAGCCCAGCUACCACCACUAGCUGAGAGCAGAGCGAGCACAUCAGCGAGUAUCAACGCGGCUGCUGCCGCUGCCGCCGCUCAACUCAAGGACGACGACAGUCUGCCUGCAACGAGUGACUUUGUAAAGAAGCUUUUCCGCAUGCUAGAGGAUCCCAGCUUCUCCAACGUCGUAUCAUGGAACCCCGUUGGGGACGCCUUUGUCGUACGCGACAUGACAGAGUUCACCAAGACCAUCCUGCCACGGCUAUUCAAGCACUCGAACUUUGCCUCUUUCGUCAGGCAGCUCAACAAGUACGAUUUCCACAAAGUCAAGAACCCCGACGACACAUAUGGAGAACACAGCUGGACCUUUCAGCACCCAGAUUUCCGUGCCGACCGAAGGGAUAUGUUGGAGAACAUCAAGCGCAAGGUCCCUGCAGCGAAGAAAGCACGGCCGAGUACGCCAACUGUUGCACCCAGUCCACCGGCAACGAACGGUACCUCUGCACAUGGAGCAAAUGGUGUGCAUCCUGCAUCGCCCGUGGCUGCCAACGUACCAUCCUCGAGUACUGCGACACCCCCGAACGGCAGCGUCAUCCCCGCGUCUGUUUCUUCCCAACUAGCUCAACACUCUUCCCACAUUUCUCAACACUCUUCCGCCAUUUCCAUACUUCAGAACCAGGUAGUAGAGCUCACCCGAAACCUCGAGGGUGCCCAGCGCCAAAUCAGCGAGCUCACGAGCUUGUACCAGCGCAAUCUGGAUGAACUCAUCUCGGUGCGACAAGCACUAGCAGAACAAGACUCGGUAGUGGGAGGCAUCAUGGGCUACACAGUGAGAAACACAACAAAGGUCGAGCCUGUCGUGAACGGCAUCGGCCACCCGGUACAGAGGUACCAGAACGGCCAGUAUGCUGUGCAGAUGAAUGGUCAGAUGCAUGCUGCUGUUCAACAACCUAUCCCGCAACAGCAGGUCAUGCAGCAGCAACAGAGCGCCCACACGUCUCCAGCACAUUCCCCUUCCUCCGCUCGGGCAAGGAAUGCUUCGCUCAUGGAAGCAGCUCAAGCCCAAGCAGCAGCACAAAUGCAGGCCCAAGCAGAUGCACAAGCCCAAUCAGUGCAAGCAGCUCAGAUGGCUCAGAUUGCGGAGGCUCAGGCUCAGGCUCAUGCACAGAUGCAGGUUCAGGCUGCACACGCACGUGCCCAGGCCCAGGCGAACGCAGAGGCCGUUGCUGUCGCUCAGGCUCAGGCAGCGGCACACGCCCACGCUCAGGCUCAGGCAGAAGCUCACAUGCAGAUGAAAACGGACCCUGGGAUGGCUAACGCGUAUGCAGGGAUGCCGGGAAGUGCGCAGACCUCGCCUACUCAUGUCAACCCUCAGGCGACUCUGGCGGCCGGAGCUCAAAUGCAGAUGACAGGGAUGCCAGCGGAGAUGCCUCAGAUGGAGCAGGCAGCUAUGCCAGUUCCUGCUGCGAAUGCGGACCCUGCUUAUGGGAUCAACAACCUCGUCCCCGACCCUUCUACCGUCGCUGCGAUGGGCGCUUUGCCCCUGACGCCGGGAUCAUUCAGCAGAAUGCAGGCUGCCGUUGGUAUGCUGCCAGACCUCACGGACGGGCUGGGGAACCCAUCGAUGCAAAUGGUUACUCCUGCGGAUUUAUUCUCCUCCCUGGGCAACACCCUUGGAGCCCCGCUUUCGCCAGGAACGAUGGAGGCUCUUGGGUUCGAGAUGCCCAUGUUCACUCUACAGGAUUCAAACGGCGCACCAGUAGUGAGCGUUGGCCCGAUCCUGCAGACAAACUCUUCGUCCAGUUCGCCCCCCUCCAAAUCUCCCCCAGGGUCUGCAAGCGGCCCACGGCCACAGGCGUCGAAAGUCCGCAGGUUUAGCAAGUCCAAAUCGAGCAUACCUGUCAUUCUGUGGAACCAGACGCCAAAAGUGCUCGUGGUGGAUGACGAUAUUGUUUCCCGUGGGCUCAGUAAGAAAUGGCUAAGUAAGUUCGGGAUCGACGCUGCUGUGGCAAAGGAUGGAGCGGAAGCUGUGCGACUUGCCCAGACCAGAGAGUUCAACCUGAUGUUGAUGGAUAUCGUUAUGCCUGUUAUUGACGGUAUCGGCGCAACCAAUAUGAUUCGCCAAUUUGACAGAAGCACACCGAUUGUUCCGAUGACAAGCAACGAUAGUCCGGCGAACCUGGCAUCCUACGUCUCCCACGGUAUGACCGGCAUUUUACGCAAGCCAUUCAAUCGGGAUUCCCUCCUUGCCCUGCUUGAGACGCAUCUCCACAGACUACAGGCCCGCGACGUGCAUUUUCCUCCUGAUCGACCUCCAUCCCCAUCUCGGCCCUUGGUUCAAGCGAGUAUCACCGAGAUCGAGGACGAGUCUGACGAGGAGGAUACGGAACAAGUCAAGGCCACGCCGUUGGGUGACGUAAAGAAGAACCUGUCAAAAGAGGAAUUUGGCCGCGUCCUUGCCAACCUUCGAGGAUUUGGUCUCGACCUCACAGCAGGCAAUCCUGUCAAUCCCGACAGCACCCCCGUUAUGCAGACAUCAGUCUCUCAGAACAAGCGUGUUCUCGUGGAUGCUGAAAUGCCCGAAGCGAAGAGGCAGCGAUUCCAAGUAAUGCAAUGAUGCAAUGAUGAUGGCCUUUUUUGUUGGAAUCUGGUUCACGGCGGAUUGUUUUAUUUACCCCAAGGCGUUCCUUAUUUGACGACCACCCGCAAUAGCGAUGGGAUUCUGUAUUCCACCCCAGAUUACAUUCACCCUGUAGCGGAUGAGAUCAAUGUACUGCUGUA